GCCCUCCCUCCCUGGGCCAUGCAGGGAGCGUAGCCUGGAAGGAAGAGUGAGCCUGGGUUGGUGCGACGGUCAGCAUGGCCCUGCAUGCCCUCACCGGCUUCUCCCUAGUCAGCCUGCUGACCUUCGGCUACCUCUCUUGGGACUGGGUCAAGCCCAGCCUGGUGGCAGAGAGCCCGAUGGACGAGGCCCAAGAGAAGGCCUCCCCUCCCGUGGCCUUCUCCAGGCCGCCCCACAUCAUUUUCAUCCUGACCGAUGACCAGGGCUACCACGACGUGGGCUACCACGGGUCGGACAUCCAGACUCCCACCCUGGACCGGCUGGCGGCCGAGGGGGUGAAGCUGGAAAACUAUUACAUCCAGCCCAUCUGCACCCCGUCCCGGAGCCAGUUGAUCACGGGCAGGUACCAGAUCCACACAGGGCUCCAGCACUCCAUCAUCCGGCCCCGCCAGCCCAACUGCCUUCCUCUGGACCAGGUGACCCUGCCCCAGAAACUGCAGGAGGCGGGCUACUCCACCCACAUGGUGGGCAAGUGGCACCUGGGCUUCUACAAGAAGGAGUGCCUGCCCACCCGGCGGGGCUUCGACACCUUCCUGGGCUCGCUGACGGGCAACGUGGACUAUUACACCUACGACAACUGCGACGGGCCCGGCGUCUGCGGCUACGACCUGCACGAGGGGGAGAACGUGGCCUGGGAACAGAGCGGCAAGUACUCCACCCUGCUGUACGCCCAGCGGGCCGGCAAGAUCCUGGCCAGCCACGACCCCCGCCAGCCCCUCUUCCUCUACAUGGCCUUCCAGGCGGUCCACACACCCCUCCAGUCCCCCCGCGAGUACCUCUACCGCUAUCGGGCCAUGGGCAACGUGGCCCGGCGCAAGUACGCCGCCAUGGUGACCUGCAUGGACGAGGCGGUCCGCAACAUCACCAGGGCCCUGAAGAAGUACGGUUACUACGACAACAGUGUGAUCGUCUUCUCCACCGACAACGGCGGCCAGACCUUCUCCGGGGGCAGCAACUGGCCCCUCCGCGGCCGGAAGGGUACCUACUGGGAGGGCGGGGUGCGGGGCAUAGGCUUCGUCCACAGUCCCCUGCUCAGGAGGAAACGCAGGACCAGCCGGGCCCUGGUGCACAUCACGGACUGGUACCCGACUCUGGUCUCCCUGGCCGGGGGCAAUGUGUCAGAAGCGGAGGGGCUGGACGGCUACGACGUGUGGCAGGCCAUCAGCGAGGGGCGGGAGUCCCCACGCACAGAGAUCCUACACAACAUCGACCCGCUGUACAACCACGCCAAGCACGGCUCCCUGGAGGGCGGCUUCGGCAUCUGGAACACGGCCGUGCAGGCCUCCAUCCGGGUUGGCGAGUGGAAGCUCCUGACUGGGGACCCUGGCUACAGUGACUGGAUCCCCCCGCAGACGCUGACCAACUUCCCGGGCAGCUGGUGGAAUCUGGAGCGGAUGACGGACGGCGCGCGCCAGGCCGUGUGGCUCUUCAACAUCAGCGCUGACCCCUACGAGCGCGAGGACCUGGCCGCCCGCCGGCCCGACGUGGUGCGGGCCCUCCUGGCCCGCCUGGCAUAUUACAACCGGACCGCCAUCCCCGUGCGUUACCCGGCCGAGAAUCCCCGGGCCCACCCAGACUUCAAUGGGGGGGCCUGGGGCCCCUGGGCCAGCGAGGAGGAGGAGGAGGAGGAGGAGGGUGAGGGCGAGGGAGGGUGGAGGAGUCGGGGGCUGCCUCGGGGCCGGAAGAAGAAAUGCAAGAUCUGUAAGCUGCGCUCCUUCUUCCGCAAACUCAACACCAGGCUGAUGUCCAAUCGGAUCUGA